AGGAAUCGGUCGGGUCGUGCGUUGCGGGCUGCUGCGGCUCGGGCGCGACAGUUCUAACCCGACCAUUGCCGGUUGAUUUUCGCGAGCACCGAGCACGGGGAGAAGGUUGUCCCCCCGCCCCGACGCGACGGUCGGACGAUCGGACGGUCGUACGGUCGAGCCGUUGAUCCGUUCGCGGUCCGCGACCCUUCGACAACGCGGUCUCGUCUUCUCGUCUUCUUCUCGAUCGCUUUCCGUCGCGUUUCGUUUUUCGAUAACACCCUCUCGAUUCGCGACGAUACCCAACGGGCGAGGCGACGGAAGAAACACGGACGUCAAAGGAACAAAGAGAAGAAAGGGAAGAAGAGUGGAGUGGAGGAGGGGCGGCAAACGAUAAAGGGAGAAGGAAACGUUUUCGUACGGCGGAACAUCGAGCUACGGCAUGUGGAAACGCGUUGAACCAAACGAGAUCGUCGUCGUUCUUUCUUCUCCCGCGAGGACAAAACGUCAUUGCGCGCGUUCGACUCUCAAGCGUUUUCCACUAUUUCACUCGAGACGGACGCCGAAUUUCAAUCCCGAGCUUUUAUACGCUCCGUCGAACCAACGUAGAAAAUCAUCGCCGACACGAUUUUCGACGCUGAUCUCGAUCGCCGCUACGAUUCCCAGCCGAUUCCUCCCUUUAGAAUUGGCUUGUUCAACAAUUUAAUCGCCGCGAGACGAGCCGACCCGCGAAACCAACACGGACGCGACGUAAUCGACUCGAGAAAGGGUUAAAGCGUCUGUUAAAUCAAGAGAAACGGUCCCGUGGAAAUUCGCGCGCGUUUCUCGUGCGCGCGAAACGAAAUUGGCAAUGGCAUAGGGGGUGGGGGAUGAAGUCGCGUUAUUACCGAACGUGUUCGGCGGUUUUGCUCGAACCUUUAGUACCACUGUGUUCGAUACCAAAUAGCCAUUAUCUCUAUCAAAUAUACGUAUAUGUAUCGUUAUAGUGUCAUAGAUUAUACGAUGUUACUCGUUGAACGAUAGAACGAAAUUAAUAAUAAUAAAAAAAAAAGCGCCGGACGCUAAAAAAAGAAUAAAAACCGAAAUCGAAUCGAAACUGAAUCGCUGCCGCGUGGAUGAUUGACGGAUCGGUGGUUCGUCUUGUCUGCCCGUACGCUUUCGACUCGCGCUACCUCUCGCACCCGUCCUACGUCGUUUCCAAUCUCGAUCCCGAUCCUAAUCCCAGAUCCAGCCCGUAAUCACGGUUACCGUGACCGUGCUCCUCCUCCUCUUCACCCGCCUUUCCCGGUAAUCGCAGUAUUUCUUCACGGUGCUCAAUUAAACGCAAGUACAAAAGAAAAAGAGAACGCGCAAAAACAGAAGCUAUUUUUUCCGAAUCGCGCAAAUACAAUUAACUCCGUCGACGUGGAAAAUCUCUGUCCAAAAGCAACCUCGACGAAACAGGCCGGGAAAAGAGCUCUACCUCGAAUACCUUUUACUACUCGACGCUACGUAUUUUCUUUCGGUCCUCUCUCCGAUAUCUCGUCGUACCCGGGGAAUCACGGCGAAUCGAGAUCGCGACGGAGCGGUGCACCGAUCGAGCCGAUGAAACGCAAAGCGGCCCAUCUCCGCGAUACGAGGAAAAGCCGCGUCGCGUCGAGUUGACGACAUCGGGAAACUGUGGAGGAUCGAGCCACGCGAUCGAGACGAUGCCCGUGAAAGCCCGCUCGGAAAACCUAUUGCCCCGAGAGAAAAGUAACGAGGAUAAACAAACGUAGCCAUGUCAUGGGAAUCUAUAUCUUCGAGAGAUUAUCUCGGCGGUCCGGCCAGCCAUCAGUUAUCGGCGACCGCUCUGUUGGGUAGUCCGGACGGAUCGCGACAUCCUUUGGACGUAUGCGAGUUCACCGAGGAGGAUUAUCGGCACCAGGGUUCGAACGGAAACGGCCACUACCAGAACGGCAGGUCCGGGUCUGGUUUGUGGGAAUGUCUGAUAGGAUGCAGACGUCGUUUGGAUCAGCAUAUGGCUCGAAGACGGGUGGAACAAGGCUUGAAACUGUACCGCGCCCACAAACAACAGGCCGCUGUUCGAAAAUGGAGGGGCGCUUUGAAAAACAUCAGACAACGGGAAGACAAAUUUGCUCUUCUCGGCUAUCUGUAUCAAGCUUACAUGGACUGGGGAAAGUACAGGGAUAGCAUCGACUUUGGCCACAAACAAUUGUGCAUCUCCGAGGAGCUGGACUCGCCUAACAUGCGUGCAGAGGCAUACUUGAAUUUGGCGAGGGCACACGAAAGAUUGGGCGCGCUCGAUAGAGCCUUGGAUUACGCGAGACACAGUUUGUACAACGAAUGCGAUCAGUGCGCGACCGCUGGACUGGUUCAUCUGACGGUAGGCAGAGUCCACUUGGAACUGGCUGGAUUUUGCAAAGCUUUGGAAGCGUUUCAGAGAGCGCACAAAAUUGCCCAUUCCAUUCAAGACCCCUCGCUGGAGUUACAAGUAUACGUUGGUCUGUCGGAGUUGUUCUGCAGAUUGCACGACGCGGAUAAAAGCGCGAGAUACGCCGCACGGGCGUACGAUCUCUCGAGGAGUUUACAAUUGGGCGAUUUGAAUUCGCGCCAUCACAGGGCGGCCUUGCUGCAAAUGGCCGCGGCGCUUCGAAAAAAGGGCGAACUCGGUGACGCCCACGACUAUUGCUCGGAGGCAACGCGACUCUCGCUAGUUUCCGGGGAUCAAGCCAGCUAUGCCCGAAGUAUACGAAUAAUGGGGGAUAUUUAUCGGAAAAAAUCCGACAUAAACAAAGCGUUUCGGCAAUACGAAAGCGCGAUGGGUUCCGCGGCAGCGACCGGCGAUCGCCUCUGCCAAAUGGAGGCGAUGGACGGUGCCGCGAGAUGUCUCGAAGCCCUUCGACUUCAGCAUAAAAUAUGCAAUUGUCGUCCCCUAGAGUUCAACACGAGACUACUCGAAGUUGCUGGAUCGGUCGGUGCUAAGUUCCUGGUGCGAACCGUGAGAUCAAGGCUCUCGCGGAUUUACGGUUCCCUCGGUGACGAAGAACAAAAGGCCCAUCACGAAAGAUUAGCCGCGGCGAUGGAGGAAGACUUGGAGUUGCGAUGCGGUAGCUGCAACGAGCCGUUCGGUCUCGAGGCCGAUUCCUUGGAGGCGCUUCCCUGCUCUCACAUAUUGCACGCCAGGUGCGCAUACGACAUCUUGAAGAGACGCGACAAGAAGAAGAAACGUCUGUGUCCCGACUGUCACAAGUCCGUUAGUUCACGAUUGUACCUGCAUUGCGAAGACCCUCACGGCAUGAGUACUUUGAAUCAUAGUUCCUUGAGUCUGGCGUCGUUGAGAGCCAGCAGUCUAGCCACGCUAGACGAUUGUCACGCUGCCACGAGCAGCGUUUAAACGCGGUAUCUGUUCGAAAUCUGUUCGGAUAUCGUUCGGACGAAAUGCUCCUUUCUACGCGGUCAUCGAUGACACGAUUGUCUCACGCGCAUACGCGUGCCCCGAUUCCGACGCGAAUGAAAACACCCGCACGAAACCUGGUGACGAUCGUUAACCACGAGCACGGCAAACGAUCUCUGCUCAAACUAUGCGGUGUAUACGCGCGAUUAAGCUUGCGCAAUCUGCCAAUUAACGAUUAGCAUUUAACGUUAUAUAACGCGGAUCACCGAUCGUUUCACUAUUCAAUUAGGAUGAAGAAAUUUUAAGGAAACUAGCACAAUUCGAUGAAAAUUAAUGGCAAUAAAACUGCACAUUCUGUUCA